AUAAGUUAAAUAUGAAUUUUUCAAUACAGGUUUCGAUCGUUAUUUUAACCAUACAGUGUUGUGAAAUAGUGUGCAGACCUCAUUAUCAAUUGAAUAAAGGAAUACAAAAGAGUUUUCACUUUGAAAUAAUUCCAUUACCAUUUAAACAUUUUAGUUUUGUAUGGGAGAAAAUAAUCCCAUUCGGGAAGUUUGAAUUGAAACAUGAUAUCCAUAAACGACAGAUUACAGAGGCAGAAAUAUCUCCAAUAUCUAAUGAAAUACCAGUUGUACCAAAUGAAGAACUCAACAAAAUACCACCCAAUGAAGUACUGGAUAAAAAAGAAGAAAAUUUGACGCCUGAAGUCAUAAUUACUUCAAUCAUAAAGCCUGUCGAAAAAGGUAAAUCACUUUCAUUUGUUCUACCAGUGGAAUCAGAAGUCGUUAUCUCACCGGCUGAGAAAGGUGGUGAUAUUAUAAAACAAUCUUCUAGUGAAGUAUUAAUAACUGAGGAAGUGAUACCGAAACCUGAGGAAGCUGUUCCUCAACCGGGUCCGAUUGUAGAAAUAAAUCCAAAGCCCGUGGAAAUUCCACCACCAGUAGAGCCUCACCCUGUUGUGAAAAAUGUGGUGUUAGGUACUCCUAUAGAGAGUACAGUACCACCAUUUAAUAGUGCGCCUGUGGUUCAAAAUUCGAAAGAACCAAUUAUAAGUCUGGUCCCAAGUAAGUUACCGGUUAUACCUUUAUUACAUACGGAUAUAUCAAAAAUACCAUUGAGCGGUAUACUACCCACCCCAUCAGCAGUUCCCGUUCCUGAAGUUAUAAUUUCACCUCCUCCACCACCGCCACCGCCAGUAAAAGAACCACCAGUAGUUAAGGAAGAAACUCCAAACUUCUUCGUAAAAGGUUCUCGAUUUGUUUUAUACUUUGGUUCUAUGAUGCUUCAAAUGUUAUCUCAACUCGUGAAUGGACGAUUAAAUUUAAAUCAACCUCUACCAGCAGUUCUACCAGACACAAUAAAAUAA